AUGCUGCACCUUGUUGGCCUCGGUCUCGCCGAUGAGACUGAUAUCACUGUCCGCGGUUUGGAGAUCGUGAAGAAGGCCGAGCGAGUCUACCUGGAGGCAUAUACGAGUAUUCUUCUUGUUGACAAGUCUAAGCUGGAAGCUUUUUACGGCCGCCCCGUCAUUGAAGCCGACAGAGAACUUGUGGAAACCGGCAGUGAUGACAUCCUCGCCGGCGCCGACAAAGUUGACAUCGUCUUCCUCGUAGUCGGCGAUCCAUUCGGCGCAACAACCCACACAGAUCUCGUUCUCCGUGCACGCGAACUGAACAUCGAAACAAAAGUCGUCCCCAACGCUUCAAUCAUGUCCGGAAUCGGAUGCACAGGACUGCAACUGUACAACUUCGGCCAAACAGUAAGCAUGGUAUUCUUCACAGAGACCUGGAAGCCCAGCUCCUACUAUGACCGGGUAAAGGAGAACAUCCAGACGGGCCUGCACACGCUCGUAUUGCUAGACAUCAAAGUGAAAGAGCAAUCGAUUGAGAACAUGGCUCGCGGCCGACGGAUCUUCGAGCCGCCUCGUUAUAUGACUGUUGCGCAAUGUGCUGCGCAGAUGCUUGAGACUGAGGAAGAGAGGAAGGAGGGUGUUUAUGGGCCUGACAGUCUUGCUGUGGGCGCUGCGCGGGUUGGAGCUGCUAAUCAGCAGCUUGUUUCUGGUACGCUCAAGGAGCUGGCUAGUGUUGAGAUGGGGGCGCCGUUGCAUAGUCUCGUUCUCCUUGGUCGGAGGACGCAUGAUCUUGAACGGGAUUACAUUCGGGAGUAUGCUGUUGAUAAGGAGACUUUCGAUGCUAGUUAUGCUAAGGGAUACGGGGCUAGCUUGUGA